GUAUCUAAAUUUAAAAUAAUGUUCUUCCUUUUGAUAGUAGUCGGCGUGAUUUGCGGGGGUCUGAAUUCUUUUCGGAUUUUUCAGAUGGUAGCAUUUGAAUGCAAUGCAAUGGAACUUUUGUUACCCAUAAUAUUUGUCUCCAUCCAUUUCACUUACACAUUCGUAGGCAACUAUGCCGCACAACAAAUUACGGAUCACAAUAGUGAUAUAUUUGCCACUGUAUAUAACAUUCAGUGGUAUACAGCUCCGUUGCAAAUACAAAAAAUAAUACUGUUUCUCUUGCAAAGAAGUAAUAAAGCGUUCACUCUGAAAUAUAUUGGUGGAUUGUUUGUGGGAUCAUUAGAAGGUGCUGCUACGGUAAAAUAUUUAAUGGAACAACUACAGCAAAUAUGUAAUGAGUUAAAAAAUGAAAACGAGAUCAAUAUCAUGAAAGAGUACGGAAACUACGUAAAACGUUAUACAGUUGCACUUAUAUGUAAGAUAAUAUAUGUAAAUAUAUAA